AAUGUACAUAUCAAAUCGUAGACAAUCACCACCUAAGCACAGACCUACAAUUCUCAAGCCUUCCAGUCAAUGACAUGCAAUUUGACGUAUAAUUCAACAUGCUGUAGCUCUCCGAACGAAAAGCAAAUAAACUGUAACUGAAUCAUCGCUUUCUCUUUACAUUAUUUUAUUUAUACCAAAGGAACGAACUCGAUUGUCAAGGUUAAGAAACAUCUUUCUUAAUCUGACAACUCUGCUCUGGCUAAUCCAUUUGAUCUUUAGACUUUGGAUAUCCCUAGCCGUUGAAUUAUGACCAAUUACUAAUACGUACCCCUAAUUCAUAAAGAAUAUCGCCAAUAUCCACUCGGUGCUCUAUCAAGUCUCCAAAUCCGUCUUCUAAAUGACGUCUGGCAAGAUGCCUCUCAUCCUGGACAAUCCUAUGGGUGGGGAGGCCAUGCAGGUCGACUUAGACGACGUUGACGACCUCUUCGGUGAUGGGGCUCCUCUAACUCUUCCGCCCCGCCCCAUAAGCAAACGUCUACGACAGAGGCUAGACGAGCUUCGUGAACGAGGCUCUUACCAGGGUGUUGCUUGGUCCAAAGCCGGCACUAUAGCAUCUAUUACGCCUGAUGGUCAACAGCUACAGUUAAUGUACAUUCAUGCCAAAGACAAGGAUGCUACAUUUACCUUGAGCGAUCCUACUACGAUCGCACCAUGGGAAACUCUUCCAGGAGGGCCCCUUGUCCAUCUUAGUUGGAGUCCUGCCAGCCCAGAACUCGCUGUUAUCGACGCAGUAGGCAGAGUCCUUAUUAUUAGUUUCUCAGCGAACCUGAAUCGUCCAUCUCCUUCUAGGAGGUGGGAUGGAGAUUCCAUAGAUGAUUUGCAAGCUGUUGUAGGAACAUAUUGGCUGCCUAGUCAUCACACAGCAAACCCAAGAUCACCUCCAUACACGCCAUCUUACGGGCCGGCUGUUAAGAGCGGAAAUGGAAAUAACUAUAGCUAUCAAAUAACCCCCAUCUUCAACAACGGCCCUCUUCACCCCCAGAAUAACAGAUCCGCUUUUAUAUGUAUCACCACGACCGGAGUCCUUAAAAUGUUCUGGGGACAGAAUAAUGGUAAAAUCGAAGAGACGACUGUAGAACUUGAGAAUGUCACAUUGGCAGACGAUUUAAUCACCCACGCCGCAGUAUGUUCGGAUAGGAGAAGCCUCAUGGUAGGGUUGGCAACUGCGUCGAAACAGCUAUGUGUUGUCCAAGUUGCUAUUAAUUGGAAUAACUCCAAAACCGAGGGCGCGCAAAGCAACCCUUCUAGCAAUCAACCGCUAAGUCCAACGCUCACGAAGAGGCAUGUAGCAGUGACUAGCUGGUUCCAGCCAAGCUCUAGCGGUUUGCAUUCCGAUGCGUCCAUGCAAAAAAUCACUCACAUUGAAAUGUUGCCUCCUAUUCUUCUAACUGCUUUUAAUAUACCAAACAAAGAGUGGUCGCCUAUUAUGAUCUUGACAGUAAGGUCUCUUAUCCCGGACCCAAAUUUACCCUACGCCCAAGAAGUCCAGAGCAUAAUUGAUCGAUGGGAACUCUUGUCGGAUCACCACCAAACGCUUCAUUCCGCAUUUGAGCAACUAGGCCUUAGAAAAAACAGUGCCGGUUCUGCAACACCAAAUGGCAGCAGACUCAAGAAACUCGAUUCUGUCGUCGUCAACAAGGUCAUAAUAGGGGUAAACCUCAUUAACUUUGGGAAGGUUCUCUGCUUCUCCUAUAAUGACGGCAGCGUAGAGUAUCGAGACCGAUUCACUAUGGCCGAGCUGUACCGAGAACCUAAUCUAGAUCGUAUCAAUUCGGUUUUUGAUGCUGGUUUUUCCCAAAGCGGCGAACCUUCAUGCCUUCAGACAGCUUUUUCGCCAACGAAUUUCUCAUUUGUUCAGCUAUGCGAAGACGGCAAAGUGAAAUGGCAUAGCAUCAACUAUACACUAGCAGACCUCGAGUCUAUGACUGACACUCAGGUGUCCGCACUUGUCGCGGCCUUUUACAUAUCCACCGCUCAGGCCGUUACCCAGGGUGCGAAUUUUGACGACAUCCUAGCAGUCGCUAGGAAUUUCAUUAAUAAAGACUCAUUUGCAAUCGAAUGGGUAAAAACCCAAGUACAGCAGAUGAAGAUAACUAUCGACUAUACGGAGGACGCAUUGCAUGAUAGUCUCAUAAAGAAUGGAAUCUUGCAAGUUUGCCUCAGUAUUAUCAAUUACCUUGGAUGGAGAGGCGAUCUUCAGCCCCGGCAAGGCUGGGGAAAGCUUGCUCUGCUGGCUCUGAAUUUGCGCAACAUAACCGUCAUGAUGCAUCUCUCAAACAGCCAAAUACCCAUACAUAAUAAAACCACUAUAACGCCGCUUGAUGAACCUGAAGCUGUCAGUGCUUUAGCCGGAUGCGUCAAGUGGUCAAACGACCUACUUGGCUGGAUAUGUGACUCGCUAUUCUGUCUUUUUGAUGAUGCCGAGUUCAUGAAGCACCUAAAGGGGCCUCAACUGGAUAAAAUGACGAUGUACUUACAUGCGAAAAAUGAAAUCGCGUUACACUUAGUAUUAUGUUCAACAACACGCGCCCUGCUUUCCGCCCUAUGCCGUCGUAUUUUAUCACUCGACUCGUUAUCGACAAAAGCUAUCAGCUGGUACGAAACCCGCGAGAAGUCUAUUGCGAAUAACCCGAAUGCUGCAGCCGAUCCUCGCACAGCUGCUCAUACCGCUCUGCAUGCCGCGUACCAGAACUUGCGGCAAUGCAUUUCAUCUUCUCUUAUUAAAGCUGACGAGUUCGACAAACUUCUCACCACCCUGGGAGCUGAAAUAAGGACGGCUUACAGUACAUCACUGGCAAUAGUUGGCGAGCAAGCUGCUAAAUCAGCAAACAAGAGUCAGCCACCACAAAAUUCGAACCCUAACGCGCCGAGACCAGACCCAGCCCAAGAAGCCAUUGCCCGCGCACGUCAGCACUGCGAGCUUGAUAUGCUCGUCCUGCAGGCGCCACCGUCAUCCUUCGUCCCCGUUGUGAGCAAAUUUUUCAACCAGGACCUGAAGGAAUUUCGCGCGCGGUCCGAGGUCGCAAAGCUGUACUUCGCCGACUAUUCGAUCCUCGAGCUCGACGACGAGCCGCGCUCGCUGGCCAGGAGGAGGGCGAGCGGCGUAAGGGUAGAUCUCUUCAAGAGGAUUGAAAUAUCGAGGAGCUCAAGAAGCGGGAAUGGCAAGAGUCAGUUCCCUUGGAGGAAAUGUGCGCGUUGCGGUAACGUCAUGGAGGACCUCGCUCUGGUUAAUCACAAGCCAGGGUUCAGCUUCUUGCUCCGUCAACAGAGCAAUUGCUCCUGCGGUGGUCGGAUGGCUAUCCUACCGCCAAAAACGCAUAAUUAGACACCUAGCCAAGAGUUGGCGUAUUGUGGAUUUGGCCACAGAUCAUAUUUAACUCCCUUUGGCUAACGCUUUCUUAGCUAAUAUAGCAUAUGGCUUCAUUUAGGACUAAUAAAUUUAUUAUCUUACUUGGGCACUAUGCGAAUUCAAUGGUGUAAUACAGACUACGGAGAUUGUCCCUUAAGACUUGGUUGGGAACUGUCGCAAAUUCAUCUGGUGAUGGUUGAGAUGAAUGUUGAAUUCGGUACCAAUACGAUGGCCCGUAUCGUUAUACUGUAAUAGCAAUUUACGUACCAUAUGCUAAAUGAUUUCUACCAUAAUGCUAGGUAUUCCUAAAUUGAAUAUUUGAUAAUAAAACGC